CCAGGUUGUACGAUCAAAAUGGACUUCGAUGAUAUCAACCUCGCUGCUGUCGACGAUCGGAGACAUGAAUGGAUCAAACUGGCUUUCAAAUCAGGGGCCGGGAUCUGCGAACUCGCGAAUUGCUAUCGACAACGGGAUGAUUGUAUGCUACGCUCCAUGCAUUGCGGGUCUUUCAACUUCAGCUUCCGACUCAAUUGGGACGACGAUGGCGAGGACUGGUUGAUUCGGUUUCCGCUUCCUGGGAAAUCCAUGUUUCUGGAUGAGAAGGUUCGCAGAGAGGCAUUGGUGAUGAAUUACAUCGCGAGAGAGACCACGAUUCCUGUGCCGCGCGUUAUCGCUCAUGGCACGAGCGAUGAGGACCCGACCGGCCUGGGUCCUUUUAUUAUAAUGACAUGGAUCGACGGCAAGAUGAUGUCAGACAUACUAAGACAAGACGAUCUCUCUGACAAGCAUGACGUUCUGGAUCUUGCCAUCGACCUUGAGACGCUUAAGACGCUGUAUGGAGAAAUGGAAGAAGUACUGCUGCAACUCUGGGGACUCAACUUCAGUAAGAUUGGCAGCACUGAUGAAGACCAAUGGGGGAAGACGAUUGUUGAUGGGCGACCCUUAACUCGUGAGCUGAACGAGACGUAUGAUACAUCCGUCGAUUACAUUACAUCUCUUCUGGCUUUGCAGUCAACCCACCUCGAACAGCAGCGCAAUAGCGUGUACGACUCGCAAGACGGACCUGAUGCCUUCUUCGAAUCCUUUCUCCCGAAGGCGAACAUAUAUUUGGAAGCACUGGCGGAGCGAGAGCGGACUCGUGGAUUGACCGAAUCAGACGACCGCCUACAGAUCUGCGUGGUUCACAGAGGGGUUCUUACCGGAUUGGCUGUUGGAUUGGGCUUUACGAUCUUUGUAAAGUGGUAUCGGUUGUAG